AAAAGAGAACCAACAUCAGAAUAAUUUGAUAGUACCUUGGAGAGCUGUGUCGCUUUAGUAGGUAUCUACCUACCACCCACCCACCUAUCGACCUAGAUAGGUACUCACCCGCCCCCUCCCCUCCAAUUCCCCCUUUUCUUUUCUUCUUUGGGUUUUCCUAACUAAUAUCUUCCACAUUGCCCUGCAUCUUCCCAUGUCUUUGAAGGCACUCACAUAGCGAAACUUUACAACAUAUCCGCCAACAAGUCCCUCGCUCCUAUAGUUUCAUACCACACUCAAUCAUUACGAAGACAGCAACCAAUUGUUCCAAGACGUAGCACGUCAUGCCUAAGAACGACUUUCCGGUGCAAGGCAGACUUGCAGUUGUCGCCGGUGGCUCGCGGGGCCUUGGCCUUGCAAUAGCACGUCAGCUUGCCGAGAAGGGCGCCAACGUUGUCAUUGUUGCGCGCGAUCAUGAUAGGCUAGUUCAAGGGAUCGAGCAUAUACGGCAAGGAGCACCGAAUCCUGAAACCCAACGCUUUCAUCAGAUAAGCGCCGACUUGACGUCUGCGUCUGAAACGGUGCACGUUAUCGAGGAAGUGGUAUCGUGGAACUCGGGAAAUCCUCCAGACAUUGUGUGGUGUUGUGCCGGAGUCUCCCGCCCGAGAUUGUUUAUCGAUACUCCAGUAUCCGACUUUCAGGCACAGAUGAACAGUAAUUACUUCACGAGCCUGUACAUGGCCCACGCGACCCUGGCAUACUGGCUUAGGAACCCUCGAAAGGACACUAUCAAUGGGUCUGGCACCCAGCCAAGCGCCCCGCUGCCCGCGCGCCAUCUCGUCUUCACCUCAUCCUUCCUGGCCUUCUACAGCUUUGCCGGCUACGCUUCCUACAGCCCGGCCAAAGCCGCGCUGCGAUCUCUAUCCGACACGCUGUCCCAGGAGAUGAACCUGUACGCCGCCGCCAACCCGCACGAGCCACCCGUCCGCGUGCACACCAUAUUCCCCGCCACCAUCCAAGGCGAGGCUCUGGAAGCCGAGAACCAGAUUAAGGCGGGCGUCACUAAGAUGCUCGAGGAAGGGGACGCGCAGCAGGCACCAGAAUCGAUUGCGGCUAAGAGCAUCAAGGCCUUGGAAAGGGGACAGGAGAUCAUAACUACCGAUUUCACGACCGGUCUGGUGAAGCGCAGUAUGCUAGGAGGAAGCAUCAGAGGCGGUGCGCUGACCGCACUCGGGGACUGGUUCUUCGCCGGUGUGAUGGCCCUCCUCAUGAUACUUGUGAGAAGUGACAUGGACAAGAAAGUCAAGGACUGGGGUCGUAAGUUCGGUACCUCGGGCAAUAAGCAGGAUUCCUAGCAAGCCGAAGUCUCUUCAACCAAGUCAGCGGCAGGAUAGGAGGCAGGAUCUUUGGAUCUACUAUAUGAAUUGUUGUGUUAAUAGUUGUGUAUACUACUAGCGAAGUCUUAUAAGAAGCUUAAUGGGAUACAGUAAUUUUGAUUUGAUUGGACGUUUCAAUACGAGUCCUUGGUAAACGUCGCGAAAAGAAUCAUCAUUCCUUAGAUAUUAG